ACAUUUAUGUUUAACAGAUGUUCUCUGUGAUUUCUUGCUUUAUAUUAUCUGUCUCCGUUUUCCAAGUUACAUAUUUAGAAUCAUUAUGUGCUUGUAGAGGAUACUGCUUAUGUUGUUUCAUUCUUUUAUAAUAAGGGGCCCUCCCAGUAUAUUUUCAGUGUAAUAUACUUUAUGUUGAAAUCUCUUCUUAAGUCUCAUUAUCUGUUUUAGACCUUUGCAUUGCAGCUGUAGUUAAAGAAUGCUGUCUCCUUACACAAUUGCUGCAGAGUCAGACCUUAGAUGCAGAAACAGAUGUGUUGUGUGCACUCUUGUACAGCAAUCACAACAGAAUGGGCCGCCACAAGCCCCAUUUGGCCCUCAAACAGGUUGAACAAUGUUUAAAACGCUUGAAAAACAUGAAUUUGAAGGGUUCGACGCAAGAUCUGUUUGAGUUGUUUUCUUCCAAUUCUGAAAAUCAGCCUUUAACUACCAAAACAUGUACCGUUCCCAGCCAACCAAUGGUGGAAUUCAUGUUGAUGAAGGUUUUGGGAGCCUGCAAAUUGUUACUUCGUUUGUUGGACCGUUGCUGCAAGACAUUUCUCUUGACAGUGAAACAUCUAGGCCUGCAAGAAUUCAUUAUUCUAAACCUUGUGAUGAUUGGAUUGGUGAGCAGGUUAUGGGUUCUCUACAAAGGUGUUUUAAAAAGACUGAUUUCUUUCUAUGAGCCAUUAUUUAGAUUGCUUCAAAUGGUCUCUGAGAUUCAACCAACACCUUAUUUCAAAGAUUUCACCUUUCCUUCUGACAUAACUGAAUUUUUAGGACAGCCAUAUUUUGAGAUUUUUAAGAAAAAAAUGCCUACAGCUUUUGCAGCUAAAGGAGUAACUAAAUUGCUAAAUAAACUGUUUUUAACAAAAGAGCAAUCACCAAAGUUCAGUGAAGAAACUCCACUUAGAAUUUCAAAAGUAAAGCAAAAGAAGAUCAAUAUACAGAAUAAUGUGGAUCUUGGACAGCCAGUGAAAAACAGGAAAAUCUUCAAAGAAUCAUCAUCAGAAUUUGAUGUGAGAGCUUUCUGUACACAGCUGAAACAAAAAGCUAUUCAGGAGACCAACUUGCCAUUUAAAUAUUCCCAAUCCAAGCUGAAGGCAGCCAAACAGUCUUCUCGGAAAGUGAUAGAUACUCACUGUGCCAAAAAUUUUGUGAAAAGAUUCAAAGAGGCUGAGACAUUCACACAACUUUCUGAAGAAAUCCAAGUGGUGAUUCAGUGGUGCAGAAACAAAAAACUCAAGGCACAGGCCAUCUUUCUGGGUAACAAACUUCUGAAAAGUAACCGGUUUAAGCAUGUGGAAGCUCAAGGCUAUAGUUUGCCAAAGAAACUAGAGUGCAUAAAAGCAUCUAUUUGCAACUGCUUUCUUCGUGGCUCACAUAUCAAAAUAUCAAAGCAUCAUCUGAAACAAAGAUUACAGAAUAAGUUUUUACUAAAACAGAGGAAACUACAGAGAAAGCUGCAGUCGACUCUUUUAAAGGAAAGUCAGCAGUCCUCUCAAGGGACUAGGAGUGCCACAGGUAGUAGGAGACGCAGACACUCGUCUCGUGCAGUUCAUAGAACUGCUCUCUGCAUGAACAGUAAGCAACUCUUGAGUAGCCAGGAUUCAGAUUCUGUCAUACAAACUGAAGAGAAACAAAUUCAUAGAAAUCUUACAGGAAGCAAUGAAAAUGAAACUGACUCACGGACAAUGACACAAAUCAGUAAACAUAAUACGUUGGCCUCCAACGUGGAGAGAGAUGACAUUGAUGAUAUUUUUGCUUUAAUGGGUGUUUAGACUCUUAAUGUGAGACUGCUAUGUACUUCACAAACUGGUCCAAUGUCCUGCUGUUUUAAGUAGAACUACUGAGAUAUGGCAAGGUCUAAUGUACCACCCGGAUUCAGAGAGGACCUGUUACAGUGCAACACUGUACAGCAGUUCAAUAAACUUUCAUAGUAGCUUUUUAUUUUAUUAUU